AUGGAGGAGGGCGUUGCCAGCGGGUUGGUGGUGAGAGAUCUGGAUGGCCGUGUGUACACUGGCUUCCUUCAGUGGAAGAACGUGAUGGAAUCCAAGUGUAGGUUCGAGUCCAUGAGUAGCAAUCGAGCCAUAAAUGACGACGUCGUCGACGAGCGGGUACGUCACAACCUCAAGGAGCUGACAAGGUCCGGACGCUUUUGUGAGUUUGGACAGAUCAAUUUGCUCAUACUCCUAAAUAGCACUACUCACAACUUCUACGUCAUGGAUGGCCAGCAUCGAGUUCGUGUAAUGGAGAAACUGUACAAGGAGACGGGAAAGGACAUCAGGUUUCAAUUCCGUGCCAAAGCUGUUUCAGAUGAUGCAGAGGCGCAUCAAGAGUUGUUGCACUUCCAGAACAGCUACCCCUCGGAUCCGAGAUCUUUCUUUUCUGCCAAGCAUGCGCGGGAGGUUUCGACAUCGGUGCUGCUGCGGCUUCGGACCGAAUUCCCAAGCAAUGAGCUGUGGGUUCAGGUUCAGACGUCACGCGCCGGCAAGCGCUGUGGAGAUCCGAACAGACCAAAGUUGAACGAUUUUCUUGUGUUUUGGUUUCUCCAAGAUAGCAGUCUCCUUCGUGACGACUGCACUGAUGCCCAAGUCUUCCAACAUGUUGUCAAGAUGAACCGCUUGAUGAAGCACCUGUCGCAAACCGACUCAAGCAAGUUGGGCAAGGGAGUGACGCAGAACAUGAUUCGCUCAGCUUCCAGAUGGGGCUGCUUCCUUGGCUUCUUUCGCGAGGAAGCCCUUCACUGGCAUGACUUGAACGGGCAGUUGGGAAACCUACCGGCCGACACUGCUUCCGAAGCUGCUCAAAGCCGAGAAGAUCGAGACUCCUUGGCUUGUGUCAUCUGUAUGGAUGCAGCUCGGAACACUGUGCUGCAGCCGCAAUUCCUUGAAGCUCGAGGAAAGAUGAAUGAUAAGCUUGUCGAAAUCAUCAAUCGUGUUUAUACAGAGCCGCACGACACUUUGGACAGCCUGAAGAGGAUGAUGAAAGAUCAUUUGCACAACAAUUCAAGCGCUUGGAAUGACCAGGUUGAUUACUUGGUCGGACGCAUGGCCGAAAUCGGAGAUAAAGCUCAGAACCAACGGCCAGACAGUGUGCGAGUUCGACGUGCACGGGGGGACCAGGCUCCUGCACAGGUCGACUUGGACAGCAGGUGCAAGUGGUACACAGGGACCCUCCAUCUGAUGGUCAGGAAGAUGUACGAAGAUCAGAAGGAAGAGCCAGAAAAAGUGGAGGCCAUCGGCAAGGCUGUGGACAAAAGUCUGAAGGAGUUCAAAGAUCUGGUCGAGGAUCUAGAGAGAAGGCUGAAGAGCACAAUAAAUCUUGAGGAUGAGGUGAGGCAAGCGGUCGGUCACAACGACUGGCUUGCAGAAGACUUGAACGUGCUGGUGCAUAAGGAGGUUCGCCACACAACAGCCGGAGAAGAGAAGCAGGUUUGGGAGGAUCUCAAAAGCGAGCUUAGCUUCAUGCUAGAGGUACACGACGAACAAAGUCGGGAACGUAUGAAGAGGGCAUGCAAACUUGAUGAUUUGCUCAGGAUUGUCAAGGAAGAAGUGGAGAAGCAAAGAGCCGACUUACUAGGGGAUGAUUCGGAUGGGUCCUCAUCGUCAUA